AUGAGGCAUUUGGCAACAGCGCUGAUUUGCGCUCUCGUCGCAGUGUCGAUCAACGCGCAAAAUUUCCGUCUUCCACUGAACGUCAUCCCGUCGCACUACGACAUCGAAGUGCAAGUGAAAUUGGACCCGCUAGAAUUUUUCACUUUCGAUGGCAUCGUCAGCAUUAACUUCACCUGUGUCGAGGCCACCGACACCGUCAUCGUUCACAACUAUCUCCUGACUGUCGACGAGGCAAACGUCGUUCUUCAGGCAAAUAGAAAAAAAGAUGAAUCAGGGACAUCAGUGGGGAUUGAUCGCCAUGAAUAUGAUUGGGAUUAUACCGAAUUCCAAACGAUAUUUCUGACCGAAUCUCUGGUGGCUGGACAGAAUUACAGGCUUACCAUACCUUAUUCUGGAGAAAUGGUGACUUACCCUUCAGGGCUCUGGUACGGGUCUUACGUUGGCGACUCUGAGGAAGUGGAAUAUUAUGCCGGAACUCAAUUUCAACCCACAUCUGCCAGAGCUUUGUAUCCCAGCUUUGAUGAACCUGGACUGAAGGCAACUUUCAGCAUCACUGUUGGUCAUCCAACUCAGUACCAAGCUUUCAGCAACAUGCCAAGGACAAAGAGUGCUGCAGACCCUGAUGCCCCAAAUCUCGUUUGGGACUACCACGAAACCUCGGCAGUCAUGUCAUCUUACCUCGUAGCAAUUGUUGUUGGUGACUUCACCAGAGUGCCGACCAGUGACCCGAGACAAUCCAUCCUGGUGAGAGACGAGGUCACCGACUUGACCGGAGAUGCCGCUGUUUACGUUCCCGCCAUCCUCAACGAAUUGGAGACGAGAUUGUCGACUCCGUUCCCUUUGCCGAAGCUCGACCACGCGGGACUCAUCGAUUUUGGAGGCGGUAUGGAAAACUACGGACUCAUCAUUUACUCAGAAGACGGAGUGGCCGGAUUUGACGGCUCAGCGUCUUUGACUUUGGUGACCCAUGAAACUUCUCACAUGUGGACCGGAGAUUUGGUGACGUGUCAGUGGUGGGAUGUCACGUGGCUGAACGAAGGCAUGACUCACUUUUUCACGUACUUCAUCUCCGAAAAGGUUGACCCAACUUUCCCGUACUUCGACUAUUUGGCAACCCAGCUGAUGGACAAUGCGAUGUACUACGAUGCCCAACCCUCAGCACUGUCGAUGGUUGUGCCCAUCAGUCGGCCAAAUGACAUUGGCAACGCUUUCGGCGGAAACUUGAUUUACAAUCGAGACACGGAUUUUGGCUCGUCUUACUCAUUAUACACAAUAUAUUGGCCAAAGACUCUCGUCAUCUCAUUUUCCCCAUAUAUGCAAGGUGGAAAUAUUGGCAGAGUCAUGUACCUUCUGCUCGGAGACGAAAUCUUCAUGGAAGGCAUGAAGAACUACUUUGCAGAAAACCAGUUUCAACCAGUCAGAGAAGAACAACUCUUCACUGCUCUGAAUAAUGCUGCUGAAGCCGCUGGACUCGGACUGGAAUAUUCAGUGUCCGAUUUGAUCAGUCCAUUCACGAAUCAGGCCGGAGUUCCUGUGGUGACUGUCACCAACACUGGGGCCAAAGAGAACGGAAAAUCAGUUUACGCAGUUUCCCAGAGGCGUUUACUGGAAGUGAUGAAUAACGAACAUGAUGACGACACUUUGUGGCCGAUUGCGUUGACCUGGGCGACAUCGUCGGAUCCCAACUUUGACGACAAAACCCCGAAAACAUAUUUGACCGAAGCUUCGACGACAGUGACGAUCGACGGUGACGACGACUGGGUCUUGUUCAACAACGAACGAUCCGGCUAUUACAGGGUGAAUUACGACACUGCGACGUGGAACAAAAUCUUGGAUGCACUGGAAACUCCAGCAGGAAAUGCAAUCCCAGAUAUGAAUUUUGCUGCCAUUAUUUCGGAUGGAUUGGAUGGCCGGAUUUGA